CUGCUCGACGUGCCAUGCAAAGUUUGCAGGGACCACUCAUCCGGCAAGCACUACGGAAUAUACGCCUGUGAUGGCUGCGCAGGUUUCUUUAAGCGGUCAAUCAGGCGAAGCCGGCAGUACGCCUGCAAAACCAAGUCCGAGGGUGGCUGCAUAGUCGAUAAAACGCGCAGGAAUCAGUGCCGGGCUUGCCGCCUCGCCAAAUGCUUGCAGGUUGGCAUGAACAAAGACGCCGUUCAACACGAACGUGGCCCACGAAAUUCCACCUUGCGACGGCAAAUGGCCCUAUACUAUGGCUCCAAAGAGUCGGACAUUAUGCCGGUGGUAACUCCACCGAUGCAAGCGGCUUUAGAUCUCGUGCUGCCAAAAACUACGGGCAUAGAAACCGGCGUCUCCGUAACCACGCCAAUGAUCCAUCCAACUUUACCUGUCUACUCCACGAUGAAUCUUUACAAGCAUCCAAUAAGCACGCCGACAAUACUGUCGAUGCCACGUGUCCCGGUCACGAUAAACGACACGAUCUGCGAACAGGCGGCGCGGCUGCUUUUCAUGAACGUGACCUGGGCGCGAGACCUUAACAUGAACUCGGGCCUCUGCAUGGACGACCAGCUGACGGUACUUGAGGCCUCGUGGCGCGAGCUCUUCCUUCUAGCGGCGGCCCAGUGUGUGCCCACCCUCGACCCGUCACCCCUGUUGCCCGGGGGUCCCCAGUCCCUACCGCUGAGCAUUGAGGCGAGCCGCUUCCGCGAGACCCUCGUUGCCUUCCACAGCCUCAACCUCAACGCCCACGAGUACUCGUGUCUGCGUGCGGUCGUGCUCUACAAAGCCGGCUUGGACAGCGAAGUGCCGAGUAGCCGCAGCAGCAACGGAUCCAUAUCUCCCACGUGCUCCAAACUAAAGGAUGUUGCUACUGUUGUGAGGCUUAGGGAGUCCGCCCAGACAACCCUGGGCUCUAGCAUGGCUACCUCCAGCUUUGGGGCCAUGAGGUUCAGCAAGCUCAUUUUGAUGCUGCCGAUGCUUAAGAGUGUCUCAUCCCCGGCAAUCGAGGAGUUCUUCUUCAGACGGACCAUCGGCCUUACGCCCAUCGAGAAGAUCAUCUGUGACGUUUACACCAAAUGA